AUGGCGGAAACCCCCGUUCAUGAAAUUGCGGAUCAGCUGGAAAGCCUCACGGCGCAAUCUCCGGCUGUUCAGGAUGUAUCCCACGUAUCAGCUGCCCAGGUUGACAUGACAGAGCCUCCUCUUCUGGACUCUGUUUUCGAUGCACAGAAAGGGAUUAACCCUCCUGUCUCAGCUUCAACCCCAUCUGAUAUCACAGAUAUCGACGAAUCCCUCUUUCGGGAUCCAUCAGAUCCUGCGCUUACGUCGCAGUCAGUUUCAACCGAAAGCCAUUUCAUCAACCCUACAGCUCCCCGCAUGAGCUACCAAGUCUCCUCGUCAGGCGAACUCAUGAUAACGGAAGAGACUCAAACUCCCAACGCAGCUGCUCCUGCUCCUGGGCCCCGGCCUAGUCCCCCUGCUGCGUUCACAUCAUUCGAACGGCUCGCUCAGGGCUUACCUCCCAAGCGAGCAUCAUCGUCUACUACUCCAACGAUCCAUCCUCCUUCCCUCUCAAUAGAGCGCAUCAUCGGCCCAAAACAGCCAAUCCCAGCCAGAAUCCUCGAACUUCUCGAGGAAUGGCAUGAGGGUGAACCCAACACCGAGCAUCCUAGUGCUUUUACUGGCCGUGCUCCCUCCACCUGGAAAAACUUCACGGCUUUCAGCGAUGAUGGCGACGAGUGCGAGCUAUCAAUUUUUCAAAUCUUGCUCAAAGGUCAGGCCCGACGAAACCUGACAUAUCGUAUCAUGAUACUUCAUGCCCAGAACGGGCCAGAUGAGCUUGUAGUCUAUGGUCAACCCCGGCCGAAGUUGAGAGGCGCCUUGACUAAGGGGACUAAGGGGCUGUAUCUGUUGGACUGGCUUGAACUCCAAAAAAAAGGCGAAGUUCGUGCUUAUGGCAUCAAAUUGUGGCGAACGGAUGACAAGAAAAUUACGUACAGUGCGCACAUGUUUGAUGAUGGGCGCAAGUGCACUCUACUCCCCGGGCCGAAGGAUAUUUUCAACACGCGUAUGUCAACUUCUACUCCAAAGAAGCAGACCGAUGCAAAUGAGGACAAUGAUGAUGCCAUGUCCAGCCCAUCCGAGCCACCGUUUUCCCCUUCGAAAUCUCGUCGCCAAAUUUCCACCAGCAGUUUUUCAAAAGCUGAGAACGAAGCCAGGACCCCAAUUGCCUCACGCCCAUCUUGGGACAAAACCAUUUCACCCGUUCCCACUUCCGAUAAUCACAGUGGAUUCCAUUUUCUUGAUAGCCCCUGGAAGCCUCAUAAGAGACGUCGCAGCACAUUUAGCUCCACUGAUGAGGCCUCCGCCCCUAUUCGGUACAAGCUAGCGUCGGAUGUGUCCGACCAGGUCCGCGUUUUUAAGACGAAUGACGCCAAAGUUGUCUUCCAAAAAGCAGAAGAGUUUUACAAGGGCGUGGACAAGCGAACGGGACUGUUGUUCACUGUUUCUGGCGUUGAGGGAGUCAGAUACGUGGGGGAAGGGUGCGUGGAUGAGUUUGAGAUCCUCCAGGAGGAUAUUCGGCACUCUUCUGGUCCUGGUGAUGGCGAUCGCGUUGUUGAGGUGAAGCCCGCCAUGGGCUUCUAG